UCGCAAGUAUGGCAACUCUCGGCCAAAACUAAAUUGUUUACUCUCCUCCGCCGCCGUCGCCGUGAAAAACCGCGAAUUUAGGAUUAGUACUGCUCCCAAACUCGUCUAAUUAACAUGUCCACCUCCGAGGGGGCCACCGAGACCAAGAAGCCGCGCACCGACAGCAGCAGCAACGGGAGCAAGGAGCAAAAUGGAACCACAGACGGUGCCGGGGACGCUGGUACAUCCCGUGAUAAAGUGGCGCUGAUAACCGGCAUAACGGGCCAGGAUGGUUCCUACCUGGCCGAGUUCCUUCUCAAGAAGGACUACGAAGUGCAUGGCAUUAUCCGGCGGGCCAGCACGUUCAACACCACACGUAUAGAGCAUCUGUACGCAGAUCCCAAGGCGCACAAGGGCGGAAGGAUGAAGCUCCACUACGGCGACAUGACUGACAGCAGCAGCCUGGUGAAAAUUAUCAACAUGGUGAAGCCCACAGAGAUCUACAAUCUGGCGGCGCAAUCGCACGUAAAGGUCUCCUUUGACCUUAGCGAGUAUACUGCCGAGGUGGAUGCAGUGGGCACUCUGCGCAUCCUGGACGCCAUACGUACGUGUGGCAUAGAAAAAAGUGUGCGAUUCUAUCAAGCCUCCACUUCGGAGCUAUACGGGAAGGUGGUGGAGACGCCGCAGAACGAGCAGACACCGUUCUAUCCAAGGUCGCCAUAUGCCUGCGCCAAAAUGUACGGCUUCUGGAUCGUCAUCAACUACCGAGAGGCCUACAACAUGUACGCCUGCAACGGGAUCCUCUUCAACCACGAGAGUCCGCGACGUGGCGAGAACUUUGUUACACGGAAAAUCACCAGAAGUGUGGCCAAGAUUCUGUUGAAGCAGAUGGAGUACUUUGAGCUGGGCAAUCUGGACUCGAAGCGCGAUUGGGGGCAUGCCAGCGACUACGUGGAGGCCAUGUGGAUGAUGCUGCAGCGGGAUUCGCCCUCCGACUACGUCAUUGCCACGGGCGAGACUCACAGUGUGCGUGAAUUCGUGGAAGCGGCAUUCAAGCACAUCGGUCGCGAGAUAACGUGGCAAGGCAAGGGUGUAGACGAGGUGGGCGUGGAGAGCGGCACGGACGUGGUACGUGUACGCAUCAAUCCAAAGUAUUUCCGGCCCACAGAGGUGGAUCUUCUGUUGGGCGACGCCUCCAAGGCCAAGAGGGAACUCAACUGGGCGCCAAAGGUGAGCUUUCUGGAGCUAGUCAGCGACAUGAUGAAGGCCGACAUUGAGUUGAUGAAGAAGAACCCCAUUGCAUAGGGCCUGGCAGUCCAAUCUAAUGACACUUGAACAUGGCACAAAGCUCUCUCCAACCAUUUAGUCGUAAGCAUGAAUAGUGAUCACUGUAUUCUUCGAUUUGUCCACAUCCGUAUAUGUAUUUUUAUAUUCUCUUGGGGGAAUUACAACCAUUCCUUUAUCUACUUUUUGUCGCGUACGUUUUGUUUGUGUGUGAUUCUACUUGUUUUUUAUACAUUUUAUCAAUCUAACGAAUAUUUGCAAUAAAUAUGUUUUAUCUUUUUAUCCAACAAAA